AUGUACGGGAGGCAAGGACACACUCGCAGGUACAAAAAGGUACGCUACGUCAGGCGUCGAUCUCCGUGCUUCCUCAUCAAAGUCGCAGCAGGGCUCGACUGACCAGGUCUUCCAUCAUCAAAUACUUUUGCCCAGCCACCGCAAGACUUGGUUCUGACACCGUCACAACUCGAGUCAAGUUCAACGUCUGACCACGAUGGUGGACUUUCUGGGCAUCGUGAUUGCUGCCGCUCUCGUGUUCAAGGAUGCACAAGCCCUUCCCAGCUAUAUCGAGGACAUGUUCCCUCAGUCGACAAUGCUGGCGAUGAGGUCGCCCAGUGGGGUAGGUGCGAGCACAGAGAUUGAAGCAGGACUCCGUUCGGUAAGUCAAAUUUCUCUUCCCCCUUCAUCCCCUUAAUAGGCUGACGACACUCGAUUUCUCCACCUUAAGCUUAUGUCCGCAGAGGGUCACAUACCUGCUAGCAAAGGCUUACGGCGCACCGACAAGUUCAAAGAUCUGCACUAUCUCAAGCAAGAGAGCAAAAAGGGUCGCAACGUCGCAAGUCUAAGAGAAGGAGCAAGAGGCGCAGAGGUGUCUGGCGAAGAGCAGUCGAGCGACCCAUUGGGCAUCGUUCGACCUUUUCGCCCAGAGAGUCAUGAGUACGAUUCGGGAGGGAGUCGAACCACAGCUCAGAUCGCUGGUAGGUCUGUGUGAAACGUUGUUUAGAGCUUGUUCAGCACAGCGCUGAAGGGAUGACAUGGGCUUCCUGUCGCAGGCAGUCACUAG